AAGGUCAUUAAUAUACUACAACUCAGUGAGAAGCGAGGAGAGAGAGAGAGAGAGAGAGACUCGGAGAGGCAGAGAGAAAGCGACCUCUGAUCCGCCUUCAGAUUCAAAAUCUAGAAACGUCCGAGCAAGAGCUGCAUUCGAGGGUUGCGCCCACCAUUCGUGCACUCGGCGACUUCUCGGUGAACAUUUGGCUGAGCAGCAGCUGCUGAGCGAGCUUGCUGUCGUGCUAAUCGAGGUUUAGUGAGAGCACUCGAAUAGUCACAGUCGAUAUCGUCUUCUGCUGGUGGUGGUGGUGGUUUUCUUCGGUCCGACAAUAACGAGGAGGAGGAUUUGAUGGCUCGGUACUACAGCAACAGGGGAAUGGAUCCGUCGCCGCUGCUGCCGUUCGGGGUGCUCAUGGCGGUGGUGUUCGUGGUGUUCACUCCACUCACCAUGGAAGCUCUGCCGAGGUUUAUGGAAACGGCGCAGCAGAUGCUGUCGCUGCUGUGGAUUAUUCCGGUCGUGAUCAUCACUGCGAUUUUCAUGAUGUCGUCCGACGAUUCGACCCAAAGCCGGCGCGUUUACAGACACCAGCCGCAGCACAGCAUGUAUGGAGGCGAAGGCCCCAGCUGGGGCCUGCUGGGCCUCAUGCUGCUCAUGCUCUUGUUGCUGCCCUGGAGGUACUGAGCUCGACCACGACGAUCAUGGCUAAUCAAUCCCGCCCGCCUUCCAGCUCUGUGCUGAUCAAUUUACAGGCCUCGUUCUCUUGCAAUUUCUCGAGCAAACUCUGGCGGGAACGCAACCAGUCUCGGUGUUAUGGAUGCAUGGGCGACAGUAAAUUCGGAGCCUCUUCAGCUGCUUCUGUUUCUUCUUCUCCUCCUUUUUCUCUCUCUCUCCCUUCCCUCGUUUUGGCCCUCUCGCAUUUGACCUCGUUGGACAUUCGGUCGGACGGAGGCGAUUUUGAUUUGCAACCACGCGCUCUCCGCCCCAAUCUUCGUGGCAGUCACACUGUCUGUCGACAGCAGCAAUGAAAUGCUAGCUAGCUACUCCCAACAGCGAGCCCCCAUUCACGCAUGGCACUUCAGGAUGUUGGUGCACCACCCUCGGCCGUCCUCACUGCUUUCAGCUCCUUUCCGGUUCCUCUUCAUGGGCUUCGAUGGAGUCUCGCUUCUCGAAGUGGUGGCGCACAUCGACAGUGAAGCUCGUCCCUUCGUAUCGAAUCGAAGGAAUCACUACAGCCGUGCACGUUUCGAUCGAUGACAUUCUCGUCACACAUGUUGGCGACAACACAUCACGGGGGCCAACGCAGAAGACGAGGACGCAGUCUACUUCCUGCGAUGCGAUGCGAUCGAGGGGCUGCAGGACAGACAGAAACUCGCUCGAGAACCGGAUACCAGAUCGUCGUCGGAAGCGCGGCAGCCGCAGUGCAAUGGCGAAGCUGUCUGCUUAGGUCUCUGACUUCUCAGAGCGAGAGCAUCAGGAGAGAGAGUGGGGUCGGUCAGUCAGUCGGUCGGUGUUAGGUUCGUUCACGAGAGGUGGUGGCUCGAGAGUCUGAGCGAUGUGAAACCAUCGCCGGCAAUGGAUGCGAUGCCUUCGGGAGCGUCCUCCAUCUCUUGCAAUGCAACCUCAUGUAUUAUAAUAGCUGCUGUACAAACAUGACGCCCAUGAAGAAAGAGCCAGGCAUGGGCAUUUUAACACGCAUUUCGUCGCUUGAGUCUGAAUUUCUCUUCUUCUCA